CUCCGGUUUGCAGGCGACAGUUCGUAGUUCCUUGCAAUUCUGAGGCACAAAAGUAGGUGAGACUGCUUUUGUAUCUGCGAAGUGCUUCACUCCUGAAUGUAAUUCUAGCUGAGUGCAAUCUAGGUUAAGAGCCGGACAAGCGGGUAAUUAGAGCCCGCUCGCUGCCCGAGGACCGGCCGCCCAGCCGAAGCGCGCCCGGAGUCGGCGCCCUUCACCUGGCCGAUCCGAGCUGCGGCUGGACACGGAGCGCCCGAGAUGAUGGUGCUGGACAAGGAGGACGGUGUGCCGAUGCUCUCCGUCCAGCCCAAAGGCAAGCAGAAGGGCUGUGCGGGCUGCAACCGCAAGAUCAAGGACCGCUACCUGCUGAAGGCGCUGGACAAGUACUGGCACGAGGACUGCCUCAAGUGUGCCUGCUGCGACUGCCGCCUGGGCGAGGUGGGCUCCACCCUCUACACCAAGGCCAACCUCAUCCUGUGCCGGCGCGACUACCUGAGGCUCUUCGGCACCACAGGAAACUGUGCUGCCUGCAGCAAGCUGAUCCCAGCCUUCGAGAUGGUGAUGCGGGCCCGGGACAACGUGUACCACCUCGACUGCUUUGCCUGCCAGCUGUGCAACCAGAGAUUUUGUGUGGGAGACAAAUUCUUCCUGAAGAACAACAUGAUCUUGUGUCAGAUGGACUAUGAGGAAGGGCAGCUCAAUGGCACCUUUGAAUCCCAAGUUCAGUAACGCCCGCCCGGCACCUGGCCUCCAGGCUCACCUGUCUGUCUGUCCGUCUGCCGACCGCCCACUCGCCCAGCCGGCCAGCCACUCUCCUGCUGCAUCAGAACUCCUCCGUCUUCAGUGGGAGGGGCGGCCUUUCCUCGCCGCUGCCUGUCUGUGUGUGACCCCUCCUGGGGCUGGGCUGGGCCUGUACAGUCUGUCUUCUGUAUAUAAAUGGGAACAUUUAUUUUAUGAGAAAUGUAAUGCGAUUUUAUUACUGGCGUGGAUUAAACUUAUGAAUGUUUCCGGGGAGGUUA